CAAUAAUAAUCCCAGCAUUUCUCCACGAGGCCAGAGCGAUCAUCCCCUUGGCACAUCUUCGCACACCCCAGAAGUCCUCUUCGGCGUGCCGCAGAUUUUUUCCCUUUUUGGAAAGGCAUCUGAAACUACUGGCCAGGCUACGCUACUCCAGCCAAAGAAACCCAUCGCCCGCAGCCUUUCUCACAAGUCACCUCCUCUGGACCCCUGUGCAUCUUCAGAGACAUCACCUCCAAGAACCCCACACCUCUCAGGGAAUUCAGGAGCUCUGAACAGGACACACGCUCCCAGGCAAGGGCUCCAGCAGUCCCAAAGCACACCACCACCUUCUUUCACGGGGGACAGUCCUCCUUUGCCCUCUGGCUGCCUCAGCCAUGGCACCAAGCGCAAGAGUAACAGCAAAAGCUUUCCCUUUCUCCGACUUCUUCACUCAGCCUUCCUUGCCUGCCCUGUGGCUCCCUCCAGCCAGACAUAACCGGUGGAGCGCCUCCUUGCAAGGACACGCUCGGGCCUCCAAGGCCCACGUGCACAGACAGCCCCUUGAAGCCUGCCGCUGCCUCUGGGCAUUUACCGCAGGAGGGAAAACGCCAGCCCUCGCCCGCUGACAUCACCGCACAUCCCUUGCAACCACAAAAGGAAAACAGUGGCCAAGAUGAAAAUAAAGGCAAGCCUCAAAGUGAAAGGAAAAGUGACCACAGCCACCACCAGGGCUUUGCAGGUGGAAACGAUGCUCGGGCGCAAACAGAGACUCAGUUGCACAGCACAGACCUUGCAGCUGGCUCGGCAAGCAAAAGGGAACACCCAAGAGCCCUCUCCAACGCACCUGAGCCCGACGCCUCUGGCCCAGAGCUUUCACAGCCCCUUUCACCCACCACUGCCACUCUCCGCCGGCGCACCGCUGCCACCACAAUCCCCAACCACGGCCACCCCAACAAAACACUGCCCCGAGACCACCAGCACAGCCACCAGCACAGACUGGAAAGCACGGCAGGAAACUCCCAGCAAGCAGAAAGCGAUGAAGGGAAAGCUGCUGCCAUACAAAGCCGUGCACCCGCCAGCGCCCCAAGCACAGCCACCAGCAGCACCGGCAAGCCUCACCAGGCUCCUCCUGCCCAGCACCACCCGACAGCACCCACAGAACCAGCAUGGCUGCGCCCACCGCCACACAGCCGCGGCUGCCGCACGCCGCCCCGCCGCUCCUGCUCCUGCUCACCGCUCUGGCCACCAGCCUCGCCUGCCAACACCUCUGGACGCACGACGACACCUUCCCCGGCGACGCGCUCCGCCUCCUCCAGGACACGGCUCCCAGUCACACACAGCCCUGCCACCUCCAAGAGCCGCCCUUCUUCCCCGACACCCUCCUCCACGACAACCUCCACCCGCACCAAGCCGCCGCCACCGCCCUACGCAUCCUCCAGCACCUCUUCCACACCCUCAGCUCCAACAGCACCCGCCAGCACUGGCCCAGCCACGCUCGCAACCAACUCCUCAACAAACUGCAGCACCACAUCCACCACCUCGAGCAAUGCCUCCCCGACAACGCCCCGCUCUUCAAAGGACCGCGCAACCCGCUGCUCGCCAUCAACAAGUACUUCAGGGACAUCCACCUCUUCCUCCUCGCCCACAACCACAGCGCCUGCGCCUGGGACCACGUCCGCCUCGAAGCUCGUGCCUCUUUACGGCACCUCCACAACCUCACACGCACCGUGCGCCGCUAG